AUGCCUGAAGUAGUGAAGAUCAUGGAAUGCAAGAAUGAAUAUGGACAAACAGUCAUACCUGUCUUUUAUGAUGUGGAUCCAUCACAACACGAAAUACUUCAUCUUGACUUUCUUAUCUAUAUCAACAAUCUUUCUUACAUUCGUAGGACUGAAUCAAAGAGUAUUCAGCAGAUUGUUGACCAAAUUUCUACCAAAUUAUGCAAGACUUUAUCUUCUUUGCAAGAUUUUGUUGGUAUAAAUACUCAUUUAGAGAGACUAAGAUCUCUACUUAAGACAAAGACCAGUGAUUCUCGGAUUGUGGGGAUUUGGGGUAUGGACGGAGUAGGUAAGACGACAAUAGCAAGAACCAUUUUAGAUACUCUCUCCUAUCAGUUUAAAGCUGCUUGUUUCCUUGCGAAUGUUAAAGAAAAUGAAAAAAGACAUCAACUGCAUUUUUUGCAAAAUAUCCUUCUAUCUGAAUUAUUAAAACACAAAGCUCAUUAUGUCAAUAAUAAGGAUGAUGGGACGUGCAUGAUUAUGAGCAGACUUCGGUUUAAGAAGGUUCUAAUUGUGCUUGAUGAUAUAUAUCACAACGACCAUUUGGAUUAUUUAGCAGGUGAUCUUAGUUGGUUUGGUAAUGGUAGCAGAGUUGUUGUAACAACAAGAGAUAGUCAUUUGAUAGGGAAGCAUGAUGCAUUGUAUGAAGUGACUAUAGUAACUGAUCAUGAAGCUAUUCAAUUGUUCAAUCACCAUGCUUUCAAAAAUGAAGUUCCAAAUGAACGUUUUGAGAAGCUCUCUUGGGAGGUAGUAAAUCAUGCUAAAGGCUUUCCUUUAGCCUUGAAAGUGUGGGGUUCUUUCUUGCAUAAGAGAGGUAUUACUGAGUGGAUAAGUUCUAUAGUGAAAAUGAAGAAUAAAUCUAAUAUGGAUAUUGUUGAAAAACUCAAAAUUAGUUAUGAUGGUUUGGAGCCGAUAAAACAAGAGAUGUUCCUAGAUAUAGCAUAUGUUUCUUCCGAGGGAAUGAAAGAGAUGACGUCAUGCAAAUCCUUGAGAGUCGUAAUUUUAAAGCUAAUAUCACAUUGAGUGUCUGUUACGCCUCACAUUAUUACAUCGAUGUUACGCUUUGUAGUAAUUUAUUACGAUGAUGUUACGCUCUGCAGUAAUUUAUUACGACGAUGUUACG